AUGGCAAGAGGAAUGACGACCGUCGUGUCUCAAACGCAACCCGCGGAGACCAUCUCGUUCCCUGUAUUAACCUACACCGAUGCCGUGCCGCGAAACGACAUGCAAGCGCAGGAGGCGCGCCAAGACACCGGACAGUGGGAUUUUCGUCAACCCUCCCCGGGCGUGGGAUGGUUUAGAAAGCCGGCCGAGGGCACCACUUUCGACUUCAGUAUUACAGCCCCGCCAGACGAGGCGAUUCAAACCGACGCUCGCCCUCCCGCAGAGCAACAUGCGAUCGGAAUUGCCCUAGGAAGCCCUGGCCUACUCAAGCAAACUGAGGCUCUGCCGCCGCCCAGAUUUGAUACAUCGAUCUUUUCGGAAAACGGUCAAGGCUUGACCCACAAACCGAGCAAAUGGAAGAAGAUUGGGGGUCUGUUCAAGGCGAAGCAGGCCUUGACCGCGGCGGGGGAGAUGCACGGCGAUGCUAAGCCGCCACACGAGCAUCGACAAGCCGAGAAAGCCCGCAAGGCCAGAGAGAGAAAGAACUCAACGGAGGAGUGGCCGUCAAUCGAGAUUGAGCCCCCACAGCCACGAUUCCAUGAAAGCCCCAGGAGGGGUCGGAAGUUCUCCCUGAGUGGGAACAAGGCGCCGAAGAAUCAACCGCAGCCGAUCGACCCAGGACCUCUCUUGAGCGUCAAUAUUCCGGAUGUGCAGAUGGAGCGCUACAGCGUCAUGUUCAGCGAUGUGGUGAACAAAAACCAAAGACCCCCACUGCUGGCCAGAAGGGCCAAGACGUUGGACAAUCUGCAGGUUCCAGACGCAAAUGGCUUCAUCAAGGCGCCCGUGCCACCCCCGAUGCCUCAACGUCGUGCAACAUCGCCAGCGCACUCAACUUUCACUUUGUUCCCGACAUCCCAGCCUUCCAAAGCCGCCCAAAUGCUGGGAACACAGAAUUUCUCUCGCGGCCCCAGUCCGCUGAUGCGCGCAAACACACUUCCCGUCGAAAGUCCAUCCAAACAGCAGCCUCGUCACGGCUCGAACAAGAACAGCCUGUCAUCACUCGAGUCACCCAUCAUCCCGAGAAUGUUCUCCGCGGGCUCAAGUACCCCGAGAUCCUCGAGCAGCCACAGCUAUGACAAGCCUCUCCCCGCCAUCAGGUCAGAGUCACAGAGCAGCCACCUGCAAAGGGUCACUCAGUCUCCAAGAAGCACCCCAUCCCCACGCCAAGGCCGGCUGCAGAGCGCAGCAUCUCAGAAACCGCUUCCCAUGAAGCACGACGCCCAGCCCCGACCAGCACUACAACCGAGAAAGGGCUCCCUCCCCCGCCCAGUGGAAAAGCCUUCCCUGCACGCAUCACCACAGAAGGUAUCCACGCACAACCGCAUCGACAAAUGGCUCGAACAACAAGAUCCAGCACCCACUCCGCGUCCGCGUCUUCGCGUCGAAACAGAAAACCGACCGGCCCCACCUGCCAAAGACAUCCAAUCCAGCCCAUCCCUCAGCUCCCUCCCAACCCUGAACCCAACACAGGAGAAGAUCGACCGCAUCAUGUCCCCACUCUCAGCCUCAACGGGGGCGCGAUCAGGCAUUUCGCCAUCCGACUCCACACGCAUGCCAUUCGUUGACGCAGUCGAGACCAUGGAGCCCGAGACAGAGAAUCCGGAGCAGGAGGACCCCGAGCCCGAGACUCUCCGCCCAAUUCCCCGAGUUGAGGUUUCGGUUGCGCGCUCGGUCUCGGUCUCGCGGGCUAAACGGCAUGUUCUGGUGCCUGUUGGGAAUCGGGUUGAUCAACUCGAUGCUGAGGAGAGGAUUGUUCAACGGCGGGCUUUGACGCCGCAGAUUACGGAUGCUCAUCGGGGACAUCGGCCGGGUAUUUCGCAGGAGUUGAGGAUAGAGUCACAAUUGGACCAAUACCUCCGGUAUAUCGACCCACCGAGCCAGUAUGGAUCCAGCGCAACAUUCCCCACAACAGAACAAGCAUUGAAAGACCUCUUCCGGUGCCAGAUCACCAGAUUCCCAUACGACAAUCUAACAUGCCACUACUCCUCGACCCAAUUGGCCGAGAUCCAGCCGCAACAAAUCUAUACCAAGUUCUUAGGAGAUGAAUCAACUUCACGCCGCGGAGGCUACUGUCUCGAAGUGAGCAUAUUCUUCCAUCACAUCCUCCGCGGUCUAGGAUUCGAAGUAUACAUGACUGGUGUGCGGAACCGACUACGAACGGACGGGAUUCCGCAAGGGGACUAUUUUGGAUGGACACAUAUUGUGAAUAUCGUCCGUCUGCCGAGUGGUCAGGAGUUCCAUCUAGACGCAGCCUUUGGGGGUGACGGACCGACAAGUCCCCUUCCCUUGAUAUCUGGGCAAGUAACACGGAACCUGGGAGCGCAAGAAGUCCGACUCAUCUACGACAACAUGCCGAAGCAGACGAGGCGGGAGCAGAAGGUCUGGAUGUAUCAGUAUCGGAAUGGGGUGGAGAAGCCGUGGAAUUCGUUUUAUUCAUUUGCGGAAUUGGAGUUCUUCCAGGAGGACUUUGAGGUGAUGAAUCGGUUUACGAGCUGGGAUGCGGUGCAGAAACGGAGUUUCAUUGUGGUGAAGUUCAUUCGGAAUGGGGAAAUAGAUGGAUUGCCCUUGUUGGAGGGCGAGGGGGAGACGAGUGAGGAUUUGUCUAUUGUUGGGAAGAUUAUGAUGGUGAAUGAUGAGAUCAAGUUGAAUAUGGGCGGCAGGACGAGGGUGAUUGAUUCGUACGAUACGGAGGAGGGGAGGUUGGUGGCUUUGAAGAAAUGGUUUGGCAUCACUUUGUGUUACUAG